AUGAAACCGUCAAUUCUCUCCGCCACCAAUCUGCAGAAGACAAGCAGCCCCUGCCUCGGGUCACAACGUCCAAGUGCUAUCAAUACGCCACGAGUGCUAACAACCAACGAUCAAGGGUCCUUCCGCUAUACCAAGGCUUUUGGCGAUGACACUGCGGACAUUGCGGACACUGAUGCCGUACAUUGGAUCGCCUCCCUCACGAAGUUUGUGACUACCAUUGCUGUGAUGCAGUGUGUGGAGAAAGGGCAACUAGACCUAGAUUCCGACAUAGGUAAAGUGCUACCGGAGUGGCAAGAUCCCCAGAUCUUAACGGGGUUCAAUGAGAAGGAUGAGCCCAUCUUUCGACCGGCCACCAAGGCCAUUACCCUUCGGCAAGUAGUCUUCAUACUGCGUCCUUAUGGCAUGGCAUAUGUGUUCAUGCACCCGCUUCUUACUCGUUACCAACAACUGCAGGGCGAACGGCCGUUGAUCCAGCAGACAGUUAAAGAGUCGUAUCACCCUUUCCUGCUGUUCGAACCUGGCAAGCGCUGGCUGUAUUCACCAAGCCUUGAUUGGGCCGGGGUCGCGGUCGAGCGGGUCACGUCCAUGAAGCUUGGGGAAUACAUGAAACGCCAUAUAUUCGACGUCGUUUCGGCCAACGACAUUACCUUUCAUCUCGACCAACGAGAGGACCUUCGCGCGCGGAAGGCCAAGAACUGGCAGAGAGUCGGUCAGAGCCUGGAAGAGGAAAAGAAUCCUGUAAUGCCCAACCCCGUUGCAGAAGGGCAAGGUGGUGGUGGUCUCUACGCGACAGUCAACGAGAUGCUCAAGAUCUACCACGGCGUUCUUACCGAGAAGCUGCUCCGACCGGAGACUAUCAAGAUCAUGUUCCAGCCUCAAUUGGAAAAUAACGUUGGCCUCGACAAACCGGACGAGUACCCAGUAUUUGUCCGAAAUGCAAUCUGGAAUGCUGUGCCAAGUGACGUGUCUGUCAGCUUUGGGCUUGGUGGUCUUGUUAAUAUCGCUGCUGUCCCUGAGCGACGUGGAGUGAAUUCACUCACCUGGUCCGGUAUACCUAAUUGUUACUGGGUAAGUCAAUCAGUGCUAAAUGAGAUGAAGGUUCUCGCUCACUCUUGGGUUAAUUUAGUGGAUCGAUAUUGA